AUGAAGUCGUUUGGCAAUUUACUCACAGCACUCUUUGGAGCCUUGACGCUCUCGCAGAGAUGCCUAGGCCAGACCAGUACCCCUGUUGUGUAUGAAGACCCGGAUACUGGUAUAGUGUUUGAUACUUGGUCGGCAUCCGAGGAAGUUACAAGUGGUGGUCUUACAAUUGGUUUUGCACUUCCAAGCACUGCACUCAAGACAGAUGCUACCGAGUACAUUGGCUACCUGCAAUGUUCAUCCACAAAUACAACAGAUAAUGGAUGGUGUGGGCUUUCCCUUGGGGGUACUAUGACAGAUUCCCUUCUCAUAAUUGCCUAUCCGUACAACAACACGAUUUACACCUCCUUCCGCUAUACGACUGAAUACUCUAAGCCAACUGUAUACACCGGAAAUGCUACAUUGACUCAGAUCUCCUCCACGGUGAACUCGACUCAUUAUACAUUGAUAUACAGAUGCCAGAACUGUCUAUCUUGGACUGAGGGCAGCUCCUCUGGUAGCGCCUCUACGAGUGCUGGAACUUUGGGGCUGGGAUGGGCACAAUCUAUUGCUGCUCCCAGCAACCGCAACUGCCCAGAUAAUAUCGGUUUCCGCGAACAUAGCAGUGAGAGCAUAUUCGUGGCUGAUCUCAGCAGCGAAGUUGCAAACCCAUCGUAUUCGGAAUGGGCAGCGUUGGCAACAAAGACUGUUACUGGCAAAUGUGCUGCGAGUACCAGUGCGGCAGUUCCUCGAUCUACGUGA